AUGUUACGCGCACGCGCAGUCCUUUCGGAUACACAGCCUGCGCACGUGCAACAGUACAUUCUUUGGUAAGGGACAGUGCAUUCAGGUACAGUACUGUCUGUGUAUUUUAGAGCCUAUAGCAACAAAUUUAUCCAUAUAUUUUGAUUUGGUAUUCAAUUAUUUUCAACGAAACAACGUUAUGACACGCUGUUGUUGUUAAUUCCGUCGAAUAAUAACUUAAUCAUUAGCUUGGUACUAGCUUACCUUGCAAGCGAGCUAGCAUGCCCACGGUAAAUGUGUAUUGAGCUAACUCGCUGUUUCCGCUCUGUUCGCGGUAUCAGAUUAGUAUCAACAGUAUUUUCUGCAUUUUUAAUGUUUUAUUAUUUCCCUAUCAAGUGUCCGUCUAACAUUGUUGACAGCUGACAACAUGCACCGUCCUUUUGCUCCAAACACGAUUCGCCCCAAUUUGCCCUUGAGGAAGCCAUCUUCGAGCCCCAUGGCUCUCCCCUUGACAGCGGCGCCUCCCCCGAGGUUCGCCUUGGCCGAUGCUGCACCGGUGCCGGUGACCCCGGUGCAAGGAGCCUUCGGAAACAGUAAAUCAAUUCAACCAUGUCUUCAAGAUUUGAAAUAGUCAGUGAGAAAAGGGGGGAUAAGCUUCUUCAGAUUAAGGUUACAUUGCUACCAACAUUCAAAAACGUAUCUUUAAACACGGUUUUGGUAUAUAUCAUAAUUUUUUUCUUAUUUUACUUGUCUGCUUGUCUUAAUACUUAAAUAAUUAUAUGGGUUUUGAAUGAGUUUGAUUUUCUCUUUAUGUAAAGUGCUAAAGUGUGCUUAAUACUACUGAGUAAAAAGUGCUGUACAAAUAAAGUCUGAUUGAUUGAUAAAGUAUAAGUAUAAAAUUGCACGAUUUUCCACCAGAUUCUUUCACCUGCUCUUUUUGCAGGUAGUUUGGCCACACCAGUUAUCAUGAAUAAGUCUCCAGUAUGUACCAACUAUUACAAUUUUCAUUAUGUCACCGAUCAUCAUAUCAAUGUUUUGUUUUCAAGCUGUGAUAAUCACCAUAUUUCUCUCUUAUUAGUCCUUACUGGGUGCAGCGCCACCUGCACUUACUGUAUACUUCUGCAACUACUGUGGUCAGCAAGGUAAUAUUGUCAUCAUAUCAUCUUUUACAUAUGAGGUUGGUAUUUAAAGUUUUGUUUUGCAAAUCGAACACUGAUGAUUUGGGUGGCAAAUGUUGGAACCUCACACUUUUUUUCAGUCUUCCCUUGUUUUAAGAUUUGGUACAGUUUGCGGUUUCAAAUGAACAAGCAUUUAACCCACAGGAAAUUUUAGAUGCAAACGCUGCAAGAUGACAUCUUACUGCUCUGUAGCAUGCCAGGCAGAGGACUGGAAGGCACACAGACACAUGUGCAAGCCCUCUGAUCCAGAACCUACCAAGUAAGAUGGUUCUGUUUUGUGUUCCCUGAAUUUUGUAAAGGUGAAUCAAUAUGAAAUUUCUCAUAAUAUGUACCUUGCUUUUUGUUUUUAAUCAUAAGAGAGAAACCUAAAGAAACAACAGCUUCACCGGUGACUGGAGACAAGGUAUGUCAGCCCGAGCCUGAGGUAAAUGAAGUAAUUGAAAUUAAAUAGUACGUUUUGAUUGUCUUAGAAAAACAACUGUGAAGAAUUUGCAACAUAUAAAAUUAUGUUUAACCCAUGUUUUCUUUAAGCAUGGUGAUGCAACAGGCACUAAGAGAAUCUACUUAGAAGACCUGCCUGUGACCAAUGUAAUAAAAGGAGCAGAUAUCCAGGUACAGCAUACUCUGUUGUUUCAGCUCUAAAGACUGGCCUGACUUACAUUAAAAUUAACUGUUGAUGCACAGUUAACCCUUUGCUGUGCAUGUGUAUGACUUUUAGGCCACCGUAUCAGAGUUCUACAGUCCUGGCAGGUUUUUUCUCCUUCCUCAAAGCCCCGAGGUGCUUGAAGCUCUGCAAAACAUCAAUACAGAGCUGCACAAAACCUUCAGCAGCCCCUCAGCGACCACUUACAUUCCCUGUGUUGGAGAGGUUUGCGCAGUGCAGUUCUCCAUUGAUAGGGUGAGCAGAAGUGUUCUCUUUUUUAAAAGGAAGGCUGGUUUGACCUUGCUUUGUCUUUAAAUGUACCACUAAUGAGGUUCUAUGUUUUUUGCACAGAGCUGGUACCGAGGCCUGGUCCAGACUUUGGCUGCUGACCAGGAGAUGGCUAAUAUCCUUUAUAUUGAUUUUGGGAAUGAAGAGGAUGUCCCUGUGGAGAGGAUCAAGCCACUGGCUGAUAAUAUCAAGCGGUUUUGCCCAUGUGUAAGCACAACUUAACACCAUACAUAACACAGUGCUUUUCAUAAGUACCCAUUCCCUUGAAAUUUUUCAUUAAGUGUUAUGUUGUAUAAUCCUGUAUAUUUUAUCCCCAUAUAUUAAUGGCCCCUAAUUUCUCAUGGUGAUUAUUUGUGCAAGGUGUUGUAAGCUCCACUGUUAAGCAUCUUUUAUGGCAAUAAGGAUGUGAGAAUGGUGACGGGAGUAUUCAUCUGUUUCCCAGGCAAUGGAGUGCCAUAUUACCAGCGUAGAGUCAGCUGGUGGUAACUGGUCCCAGGAGUGCUGCACUGCAGUGAGACAGAUGCUAGUCGGCAAGAUUAUGACUGUUCGACUGGUGGAGACAUUAGAAAAUGGUCGCCUUCAUGCUGUGGAUAUCCUGCUGUCUAUGGGUAGGUUAUACAAACUGCUGGAGAUUUGUGACAUGGAAACAUAGGAAAAAGGUUUGAAACAGUUUAAGUUCACUGAAAUAAUAACCUUUUCUCUUUGCUCUUCAGGAAAGCAGUUGAGCACCUUCCUCAUUGAGCACGCUUAUGCAGUAGAAAAAACAGUCAAUGUGGUGUCACCAACUGAGCAAGACAUAAGUAAGGAUGUUUCAUGUGUACUGUAGUAAAGUGAUACAUUAGAUGAGUCUACAGACAAGGACAGUGCACACUCUUCCAAAAUAUGUGAUUAAAACUUGCCCAGACAUGCCAUUAAAAGUCAUUCAAAUGUUAACAGACUCUGGCUCAACACUUAAGGCUAAAACAUGCAGGAUGCGUAUUUGGAUUGUGGCAGCAGCAACGCGUAUCACGCAGCAAAAAGGUUGCCAUUCUAAUCAAUGCAGCAAUGCAUACAUGAGGCAUAUCAGCUUCGUCGCAGCAUCAUAUCGAGAGCAGCACUGCAAAAGUUAUAGAUUUAUCAGUAACACAGAAUAAUCUGAUGGUCAAUCCCUGAUCCACGUGGACCCCAACAGGACUUUUAAUUGCUAACUCUGUCUGAAGGGAACAGCACAGCAUCAAGGGACAUAGUUUACUUUAUUAAACACAAGUAAACCUGCAAAAAUCCAAACUGUAAAAUCACAUUGUUUUUUCACUUACAGUAGAGGCUCAACAGUCACUGAAUUAUAUCCAAAUUAGCAGGAAAUAGACCACAGAAAGGUAAAACAACCUGUUGUGAGCAUGUUGUUUCCUCUAUCCUGAGCCCAGCUGACCGGGGUUCCACUACACUGCUGCCACGCUCCAAAUACGCAUCCUGUAUGCGAUACCAAAUGCUGCUCUACAAAGCAAAUACGGAACCUGUAAUGUUUCGCAUUUACACUACAUUUAGCAUCAGCGUCUGUGAAAUUGCUAUGGAAUUCUGAUCAAAGAGUUUCGUAUGAACUUCUCAGGAGAGUGUUUUCUGCUUUUGUAUGAAACAUUUUCGAUUUUCUGCAGGUGCCAGAGUAAAUCCAUCCUUAAAGUACUUCACAAACUGCUCUGAUGGGAAGGAUGACAACACCUGGGCUCAGCCUCCUGAGCCACUGAUUCAAGCAGUUGGUGACUCUUUCUUUGGGGUGGUCACUCACAUCCAGUCACCCGAUGAAAUAAACGUGCAGAAAGUGGAAAACGCUGGUAAGUACCAUUCUUUCUUGUACGUAGAGGGAAACUGUCAAUACCUUUUAACUGAAAGUGUGUACGGUUUUACAGGAGUGAUUCGGCAGUUGCAGUUGCAGCUGAGGGAGCACUGCACUCAGGUCCCAGCCCCACCAAACUUUAGACCUGCCCCUGGCACAGUUUGCUGUGCCCAGUUCUCAGGUACAACAUUUAAUGUAGAUAUUGAUGGACAGCUGUACUUUUUGAAAUUAAAUGUGAUUAUACAUUCUCUGAGUAUUUCUUUUGUAUCUCCCCACAUAUUAAACAGGAGAGUUUGUCAUCAAAUUACACCCCUGUACAAAUCAGGAAAAUGACUUUAUAUAUAAAAAAUACAGUGACUUAUUAUUAAUGGUCAAUCAUUUUUGAGAACUUGACCGCUGACCUCUUUUUUCCCCGCAGAGGACAAACAGUGGUACAGAGCCAAAGUCCUGGCGUAUUUAUCAGAGGAACGCGUCUGUGUCAGCUACCUUGAUUUUGGAAACUCUGAGGAAGUGGAUUUAGGCCACCUGCGACCCAUCAGUGCUGCACUGCUGUCCCUGCCCGUGCAGGCUAUUCCAUGUGGCCUGGCAGGUAGUUUACUCUCUGUGAACUAAAUAUUAUAUACAAUUAUAUAAUUGUUCUCUUUUAUACUGUUUGCAAAAUACUAUAAUAUCAUAUACUGGUUUAGUCUUACGCAUUACUUAAACCUCUCUUGAAAUCAAUCCAAGGCGCAUUCUGGUUAUAGGAUCUGUGCAAAAUCAUUUACUCGAAAGUGUACACUUUAAUGUCUUUGAGUCAUUAUUCUUACAUUUGUGUCUUGGUUUUUUUUCCAGGAGUGCAGCCUGUUAAGGAGAGCUGGUCAAAGGACUGCCUGCUGGCCCUGCAGCGAACAUUCUCCAGCAAAAUGCUGCGUAUUGAGAUCCAGGGAGUGCACGAAGGCAAGGCUCUGGUAGCUAUGAUCAGUGAGACCAGCGAUCUUCUGGGUAAUGUGGCGGAGAUGCUGACCUCUGCUGGAUUUGCUGUCCCUGCUCCGAUUACCCCCGUCAGUGACCAGCAGUCAUGCCAGACUGCAAGUGCAGUUGAGGAACCACAGGGUAGGAAAUACCAGCAUUUUAUCUCAACUAAUUUAUCACUUAAAUGUCUCAAUUUCUGUUUUUAACUCAUAAAAUAGUUGUUACAAUUAAAAGAAUAUAUUCCUCCAUCAUUCGGUGCAUCCGUUUUGUUGUACUAGAUAUAUUUUCAUGUGCUCCUCAGUGCCUACUCCAGCUUGUGAGCCUCUGAAGUGGUCUCGUGCUGAGCUUCCUUGUGAUGGCCAGACAGUGGCACUGCUAGCUGGUGUGGUGGAGAAUCCUGGAGAGUUUUACUGCCGCAUCAACAAUCCAACAGGUUUUUUAUUUUUCGUUUCUUCUAAGGGAAAUGCAUAGCUUCCAGUUAGGAAUUCUGUCUUUGUUCCAAACCUAACUCAUGAAUUUUAGUGGCUGGUAUGUUCAUUCAACAUCACACAUAUUAAAUAUAAGUCACUUUGGCUAUGUUCACAUUGGUGAAAUAAAAGAAAAGUUCCAUCUCUUUCCUGAUAUGUGCUCAUAUGUGACUAAGAAUUAACUAAAAAUGAAGAACUGCAGUGUAAAUGUAGCCCAUGUCUUUUGUCAUACAUGUUGUUGGCUCAUAGUUGCACAAAUAGGCGAGACUUUCUCUUGUGUAGCACAGUGUAAAAAGAAUUUCACUUCAUAUUAAACUCAAGAUAGGUAUCUUGUGUUCCUUUCAAUGUGAGAGUUGGUUGUGCCAUUGAAAGAGAUUCUUUUAUAAUGUGUGUGUUUUUGUUGGUCAGACAAUCAGCGGCUGAUGGAGCUCGGGGCGGAGUUGAAGCAGCAUUGUGAGGCGAAGGCUGCACCUUUCCUGCCCAAAGUAGGAGAGCCCUGUUGUGCCAUGUUCCCUGGUGAGACUGUCUACUGUUAUUGAUGUUUAUGAUUUGUAAUUUAAUGUAUGUGAUCAUCAAUUCUAUCUAGUCUGGAGGGUUUUUUUAAAAUGUAACAACUUAGACUCUCAUCUUCGAUAAAAACAGGAAGCUCUUCCCCAGUGUUGUUGAUUAGAUAACAUUGAGAGUUAUCCAUUUCCUUCUUUUUGAGGCAUAGUUGAAGUUUGCUUUUUGCUCUCCAGGGGAUGGGGCAUGGUAUCGGGCCAUGGUAAAUGAGGUGUCUGAGAACAAGGUUGCUGUCAACUUUGUGGACCAUGGAUCCACCACGAAAGUAGAAAUGAACCAACUUCGAUCUAUUACACCCAAACUCCUGACUCUACCCUUCAAGGCAAUUCACUGCUCACUCGCAGGUAGUUGAUGUUUGUGUUUGCUCAGUAUGUGUUGCUUCAAUCAUUCCAGCUAAUCAGACAUGAAUUUAGGUCCCUGUAGAGGGUCUGGGUUUUAUUUUUACAGGAUUUGCAUUAAACUCCAGACAUGGCCCUCUCUCAUUUACAUAUCACCUUGUAUUAAAAUCCUUGUAAGCCUGAAAAAAAAGUAUUUUUCCAAUGUCACUGCCAAAAACUCAGGCUAAAACUUGGCCGAAUUUGUUUGGAAAAAAAUACUGGGCAUAAAAAAAGGCUUAAAACAUUGAAGCUUCUACAAAGCAGGUGGUUGUUUCAGGUGUGGAGCCCCUUGGAUCAGAGUGGAGCAGCGAGGCCCUCCUGUGGUUCCAGACUCUGGUGGACGGCGAGCAGCUCUCGGCACGCGUCCUCUCUGUCGCCGAACAAGGUUACAGCGUGGAGCUGGAGAGCAGAGGGCAGAAUGUGGCAGCCGCGCUAAUUUCCGAGCAACUGGCCAAAGCUCCUGGAGGGCUUCCCAAAGAGACACACUCAGCCGCAGGAUCUACAGCCAAACAGCAAGACAAGAUAGAAGAGAAGGAGUGCAGCCAAACAGAAACGCAAGCCAGAGAGACAGCGACUGAAGGACAGAUUUUAGCACGCACAGAAGGUCGGCUUAAGUCUCGCUGUCAUAGAGAUGAAAUAUGAUUGUUUAAGAAGCUCAAUUGAAAUUGUGUGCCUUGUUUCAGCUCUAUCUUUCCCAGUGGACUGGAAGACGGGGGAGCUGCCUCUCAAUGAGAUCUUUCAGCCUUAUAUCGCAGCUGUCAUUAACCCAUCGCACUUCUACCUUCUUGGUCCUAGCCAAGGUCAGAACCCCCGCAGUAGGUCUCUUUUCUCAGUAAAAGCUGAAGAUUUGAUGCAUCCUUGUUGUACAUGUUUGUUAUUGCGCAGUGGACCAGGAGAAGCUUCAGGAGGUUAUGAUGGAGCUGGCUGUCUACUGCAGGAACACUCAGGCCUCUUUAUCCUCGACUGUCCUGAAAAGACCAAGCCCCGGGGCUGCCUGCUGUGCCCAGUUCUCAGGUAAGGAGAAACACACAGUUUAACAUCAUUGUCUUGCUGUACAGUCUGGUGUGAACAGGUGUCACAAUGUGUUCCUCAGCUAAUCAUUUUCAGACCAUGAUAAAUUGAGUAUGUCCUCUGUGACAAUAGCUGCAGACACCAGUCACCACACAGAAUCCAUUUUAAAUCUUGAGAGCAGGAAUAAUACCUCACAUUCAAGGUGGCUACAUUAAUAUUGAUUGAGGCAGAUGUAAAACCUGUAGAUGGCGCUGUAAAUGAUCAACUAUUUCUAUGGAAUAGAAAGGUGUUGAAUUGUUAGCUUCUUUUUGUCUAGUUUGUGAUUUCUCCUUUUUGUGAAGAAGCUUUAUAAUCUCAGAUAAUGAAUUUAGUCGAAGAGAACAGCUAAAUGUUGUAGUACUGUUUGGCACUGCAUUACAGUCUACUGCCACUGCGAGGAGUUUGUGCGUGCCUUACAUCAUUUUUCUGUGUUUGAGGUGAACCAAACAGACAUAAUCAAAAACAUCACACUUAUUCAGAUAACAAGUAGUGUUGUCCUCACACAGUUCUUGUCACUGCUGUAGACUGAACUUAAAGGAAUGAACAAGCCCUGUUCCUUUUUGUUUUGAGGUGUUGUGGUGACCCCAUAAAGCCACUAGGUGUCAGACAGGUGUUUGUAAAAACUGAGGAUAAAGUCUCGAAAUUCAGCAAAAGGUACCACAUCCUGAUCUAACAAAAGUGCACUAGAAACAGGUAACAAGUCAAACUAUAAAUCAAAGCUGACCAUACGACUUUUGAUUUGUGUUUGAGGAUGUUUUGAUGACAGAAAUGCUUUUGACUUAACAUAAGUGGACUAGUUUUCACAUUAAAUCACAGUCUGUGAGGAGGCACCAUUCAAAGGUUAAUAGAUACUCUCAGCAGGGGAAAACCCACUGUGUCAUUCCCGGCCAUUGUUUAAUGAUUACAGGCAGGAAGUCUUUUGAGGACAGACUUUCUCAUCAUCAGCUAUGGCUCUUUUUCACAGGCACACUCUGAAACACACACACUCUAAAUUACCUUUGUCCGUGAUUUUAUACAGUUUUUAUGUUCGCUCUCUGACUGAGCCCAAGACCCCUCCUGCAGUCGUUGCCCUGCAGACCUAAGCUGCUAAUUUGGCGUCUGCUUGUAGAAAUAAUUACACAGCGUAUGUGAAGAAGAGCACAGGAGCGGCUCUUUUUAAACACAGUAUGCGGGUACAAGACUAUAGCUCGGCAUACAUUCCACAGCUAACAACAGGGUCUGUUUUAAAAGAGUUGAAGCGCUCUCUGCAGGUUCUUGGCUGGUAAAAUCUCAUCAGUGUGUCAGGGCAGCUGUCUCUCUAAAAGCCCCUGUGCUGUGUGUAUAGAAGGCUGGAUUUAACAUGAGUGUCACAACAGAGUAUUUGAACAUUUGGCAUUGCUCAGAAAAGUACCAGAAUACAUGAAACUGUGAUCUUUUAACUCCUUUUGUUCUAGCUGACAAUAACUGGUACCGUGCGGUGGUCCUAGAGGUCGGUGACAAUGAGAUGAGUGUCGUCUAUGCAGAUUUCGGCAACUCUGAGAAGGUGCCGUUCUCCCGUAUAAUGCCCAUCACUUCGCACCUCCUGCAGCUCCCCUUUCAGAUCACCCGCUGCACGCUUACUGGUGAGAAGAACAAUCAUUUUUGUCCUGGAGUGUGUUACUGCCUCACAUACCUCGUUGACUGUCCUCCUCUUUUUUUUUUCCAGGUAAAGAUCACUUUCCUGCUGAAUGGCCAGAAAAAGCACAGCAGAUGUUCCAAAACCUGCUACUGAACGGUGUCCAGGCCACCGUUCAGUCUUUUGAUGGCUCUGCUAAUGUGCUCUCUUUCAAGCUGCCCACUGAGAGGGGCGGAGGUAACGUCACCUCCAUGAUCUUGGAUGCACUUCAGGCUAAGAGUAACCAACAGACAACCACUACUGAGAAGACAGACCAAACUGACAGCAGCACAUCUGCUACUCCAAGCACCAAAGCUGUACCCAAGCCCAAGUCUGUAUCUGAAACACAAAAAGGUCCAGAUAAUAGAGUGGCAGCAACCACAUCUACAGAGCCCACACCUGGGAUAAACCAGCAGAGGACAAACAUUGCUGCAGUGCCAGAUAGUGGUUAGUCAAUGAUUUGUGCAGAUAUAGAUGGGAUUUAGGUCAUAAAAAUUCAACAACAUCCAGAUUUAGUAUUUCUGGAAAUGCUGCAGCUUAUUCUACUUUUGCUGAAGGGGUUCAUUCCUAUAAAAAUAGUAUGGUUUAUUUAGUCCAUAUCAUUAUUUUGUGAGUAAGUCUAAACGUGAUGUUUCUCCUUUUUAGGAGACCCUGUUCAAAAGAUUGUUGGACAGAUGGAGCCUCCAAACCAAACUGAUACCAAAACUAAAGGUAUGUAUGUUUUCAUAUAAGAAUAUGAUCUGACUGCUUAAAUAAAUGGACUGGGAGCUCUUGUAUUUGAGGCUUUUCUCUACCGUUUGCGUUCGAUUGAGAAUACAUUUGUUUGCUUCUCCUUUUGAAUCUCAGAAUCUCAGACAUCUGGCUGCUGCUGCUUGAACCUGACUACAAAGGUUAGAGAUAGCUUCUCUGCUCUUUGUCUAAUCCACUUGCAUGUCAGGUUUGGUAAUCUUACAAGAUCCACUUACAGAAAAACUUUUUUUUCUUUUUUUGCAGAUUGAUCACCUGGAAAAGCUGAUUCAUUCUCUCAUCAAGCAGUUAGCGGGACAGACAAAAUAA